AGAAACCGGAAGUUGUGACUGAACUACGUCAGCUAUCGGAAACAUUUUUAUUUUUCUACAGCAGCAGAAGACUCGGACGUGGACGCACAUUCCUCCGCUGUUUGCGCCCGAAGCAUCGCUCCAGAUGAUGGAUUGUUCUCAGGAGGUUCCGUCUGUAAUCGAGGAGUCCGGCGCUCAAAUGGAGCUCAAAAAGGGAAUGUCCAUUUUUAUUGACAUUCUGCGGAGAGCCGAUAAAAACGAUGAUGGGAAGCUGUCCUUUGAUGAGUUUAAAUCCUACUUCUCUGAUGGGGUCCUAACAGCCGAGGAGCUGAAGGAGCUUUUCCACGCCAUCGAUACUCACAACACCGACAAUUUGGACACUGAUGAACUCUGUGGGUACUUCUCCGAGCACCUUGGUGAAUAUGAGAAUGUUCUUGCAGCUCUGGAGGACCUGAACAUGUCCAUAUUAAAGGCAAUGGACAAGACAAAGAAGGAUUAUCAGGAGUCCACCCACCUGGAGCAGUUUGUGACCCGCUUCCUGCUAAAAGAGACAACCAAUCAGCUUCAUUCGCUUCAAAGCUCGCUGGAGUGUGCCAUGGAAACCACAGCCGAGCAGACGCGCCAAGAGAAACAAGGCCCUUUGAAGCCAGAAGUUUUGUCCAUCCAGCUGUCGGGUCGCCGCCUCAAUCGGAGGCUCCAGAGGAACAACAGCCUCUCCCCUAACAACCCACUGAUCAGUCUGGUCAAUUCAGGUCUUUACGACGAAGAUUGUCAGUGGACAAUUCAGGUCAACAGGCUGCAGAAGCUCAUCGACCGACUAGAACAAAAGGAGAUUCGUCUGGAGCCCUUCGAGGAUGAAGUCAUCGAGAGCAAAUCGCACAUCUUAAUAGUCCAACGGCAGCUCUCUGUGUUGGAGGAGGAGCUGGAGGAGUUUCGUUUGGCUCUCCGGCAGUACAUGGAGUGCGCCUGCGCACAGACGGGAUGUCUACACAUCGCAGUUCAGCGACUGGCAAAUGAGUCACGCUUCAUCCUCUAUGAAUUCUGGGAGCACAACAACGUGUGGAAGAAUCACCUACAGACCAACUACAGUAAAACCUUCCAGAGGGGGAACGUUGACUUCCUGGAAACUCCUGAGACCAUCACUACCAUGCUUGUUCCUGCCUCCUGGUGGGUCCUCAACAACAACUGAACGUGGAACGGCAUCUUUCACCAAUCGUCACAGAUGGAUGUGAAAGCAAAGCUCUCUCUCUCUCUCACUCACUCACUCACUCACUCACUCACUCACUCACUCACACACACACACACACACACACACACACACACACACACACACACACACACACACACACACACACACACACACACACACACCCCUUGUGAAGUCAUGGUGAUUAGUAUUUAUGACCUCUAUGUUCCUUCAUAGUUUGGUGGUACCUGAAAUAGCUGUAUUUCCUAAAAGCAAUGACAUCAUCAGACAAAGAUCCAUCUGGUGAUAUGACAUCAUCCCUGUGUUAGCCGUAACAUCAUCCAGAAUAGCUCAUGAGGGGUCACUGUUAGGUUAGAGCUAUCUCUGCGUGGACAUUGAAGUUGGGGGCCUCAGCUUUGUAGAUUUUAUUUAAGAGAACAAAUUUCGAUAUUUAGUUUUGGUUCUUAUUGUUUGUUGGCAUGAGGAGACAAAUGCGUGUGUGUGAGUGACGGAGACGGGAUAAGAGGCACUUAACAAAAUAUCAACUGUAGCAGCUCCAGCGAGCUCAUGAAACCAUAUUUCUGUAGUUUCUAUAUUUAAUGUGUCAAAUUAAGACAAAAGUUCUGAAUAAAAGUAUGUUGUGUAUCUCUCUC